GUCAUCGGAUGCAUUUUAUUAUGUUUAUCGUUUAUGUGUUUGCUGAUCGCUUUCGCCAGUCCGUAUUGGGUGGAAUCUUUUGAACAAUUUCAUGGCAGAUUUGUCAAAGUUGGUCUUUGGGAAGUUUGCUUCAAUGAUUAUACAUUUUAUAAAGAUUACAGCGGAAAACGAUUUUUGGGCUGUUGGUAUAUAUUCGGACCAGAAAUAAGACCUAUUUGGGAAUGGAUUUCGCCACCAUGGUUUAUUGUGUGUCAAGUAGCAGUUAGUUUUUCACUCCUACUACAAGGCCUGGUUGCCAUAGCCAUGAUUUUAUAUCUCUUCCGUCUUUUUCCUUCACAUAUGAAAUCUAUGAUACUUUUAGUAAGCAGUAUUGGAAGCUUAAUAGCAUGUUUGGUUUUAUUUGCGGAAUUAAUAUUAUUUGGAGUAAUGAAGGAAGACAGAGAUUGGGUUCCGAGACCGGACAUGAAUUAUCUAUCUUGGUCCUACGGAUUCGCUAGCGUGUCCUUCCUCUUUGUUGCAGGAGCAGCCUUUAUGUUA